GCCAUAAUCAGGUUAGAGUGCAAUCCUUCGCUGGAUAAACCUGAUGAUGCUAAAUUCGAAGUACUUCAGGAUAAUACUACUACUUACGUAAGUAUUUCAAAAUAAUUUUUUUUCAAUAAUUAGUGUCCUAUAAAGGUCGAAAAAAAACGCUCUGUAGUUUAAUCAUCAGGACUUAAAUAGCAUUUGUUUCGCUUUAUUUUUCAGGUAUUCUCUUUAAGCCAUAAGUGCGCUUGUCCAAAUGGUUGUCCAGAGGAAAUACCAACUAGCAGUAAGUUACUUGCUCUGCUAAUGAUCCUUUCUUAAAGAAACAAAUGUAAAUAUAAAGAUUUAGCCAAGCCUAAAAGCGAAACUUCCGUUUAAGUUAAUAAACUUAGCCUUGCUCUAUUGUGUGGCCCUUGUCAUCGUUUUCUGUUACAUUUAGUUUCGUAAUAAAAUAUUAAUGAGCGAGGUUCGAAAUGGUAAGCCAAAUGGGUUUUUAAUUUUUCCACAUAUUUUCUUUUCAAAGUCGGACGACAAACCUUAUCUGUAAACCUGUCUCUACAUUAUGCAUCACAAUAUCCGAGCGUAUACGUCACCAUAUAAUGCACUGUUUGUUUGCUAUAAAGACAGACCGGCCUAGGACGGUAGAUAUCUAGACAUACCACGUCCAAGCCGACUCUGAAAAUAGAAUGUGUACGCUGCGUGCUUGCGGCAACCUUUGUUUGUCAAAUGAAACAGAUACGGCAGAAAAAUAUUGCGGUAUUUACCAUGGAUUUUUAUAAAAAUUGUUCAGCCGGUGUGACAACAAUCAGUUUAUCAUUAAAGAUCCCCUGAAUAUUAGCAGAAAUUAAAACAAAUUGUUCCCAGAGAGGACGUGUACUUACUGAAAAGAUAAAAAGAAAAGAAGACAAGAACCUAAUAUUAACUUCAUGGAAGAAGUUACCGUCGAUGCUGGUUAUAUCCAACCAGUCGAAGAAUCAGGUACCUCUGUGUUAAAGCUGUGUACCAGAAGGACAUUUAUUUCUAAGCGAGAUAAUUUUAUUUUUUUAUAGUUUGUUUCACUCGGUGUACCUUGUUCUUAAAGGGAGAAGACACGCACGGACCUACAAAAGUAAAAGUGACCAGAUCUUAAGAAACGUCACAUGCAUUAUGAAUUAGAAUUCAAAUUAUUCCAGCCAAUUCAUAUGAAGCUUUCCUGGUCAGGGGGAGGGCAGAGGGAAUUCUUCAGCACCGUUUCUUUUCUUCUUUUUCUCUGUGCAUACGUUUUGCAACUUGUAGUAAGGACAGCGAGACUCGGGUUUAAACUUAGAACGGAGCCUACUUUUUCAAACGCGAGAGCUCUAUCUGACCACUUUAGUGUGCGAAAUGUAGACCUUAGCAAAGGCUAAUAAUUUCAAAAAGAAAUUUGGCAGUUUUUAGAGAUAAAUAUAAGAAACGCAAUUUUCCCUGUGUUUCUUUAAAAUUUCAAUAGUCAUAAUGAGGAAGAUCGUCUAUUGCUGGUCAUUCCAAAACCAGCCAAAACUUUUGCAAUAGGAGGCACUUCUUAAAGGUAUGGUAAAACGGGAAACAAAAACAUGUAACUUUUUUGCAACAUUGCGGCAAGACGAAUUCAAAAACUAUGUUACGCGUUUAAACACACGAAUCAAACCUUUUUGGAACAAAUCAGACUGUUGCAGAUUGUGAAAAGUUGUUGCAGAAAGUACUAGAAGUUCUACUUUUUGGAACAAAAUCUGAAUAUGUUGCAUGCUUUACCAGCCAAAGACAAACUUGGUUUGUAGCAAGUGGCGUCCCCUGGUGACGUGAAUCUGUGUUUAGUAUGACUCCAGGAUACUCUUAACCAAUCAAAAGUCAGUUUUCGCGCAACUUGCAACAACCUGAAUUGCUGCAAGACAGCUGUUUGAACGUGGGAGUGGUAAAAUGCGCAACAUAGCUUCUCAACUCGUCUGGCAGUAAUGUUGCAAAGCAAGGCAACCUUACAAAAGAAAGCUAGAAGAAUAAUCACCUUCUCCAGUUUAACUUGUAGUAUAUGUAUUAAAUAUUUAGGUCUACCGUCCCCACCCCCCAUGUUUGUAUUAUUGAGCAUGCGCUCUGACUGUUAUGAUGAUUGAAAACACAUGUGUGCAUGAGCAGCAAUGGUGUGUGUUGGUGGUUAAAUCCGAACCGUAAGUUACUCCAUCACUGAACACUCAAGUCCUUUAUUUAAAGACUGGAAUGUUAUCAAGCUGUCUGAUAUCAUUACCCUCCAACUUGCAGUGUUUCAUUUUUGGUACUUUUUUCAAUCCUACUAGGAACAUACAUAGAUAUAAAACUAGGUUGUCCUCCAGGAUGAUUUAUGCCAUCCCAAAAGCCAAAGCAAAUUAUGGAAAUUUUAACAUAGGGCUCCAGGGUGCUAAAGUUUGGAAUGAUAUAAGUGAUGCCAUCAAGUUCCUCUCUCUCAAAAGUUUUAAGAAAAAGCUAAAGUCAAUUCUUAUUGAUAAAUAUUAAUUGCAGAUUUAUCAACUCUAUAUGUUUUUCUGGCUUUCCGUUGUUUAAUACUGGCAUACUUAGCUUUCUUUUGCUCUCUUUCUUUUUCUACUGUGUUUUGUGUAGCUGUUUGUGGUGUGUGGUUCCUGACCCUUUGAUUUAAACUUCUAUUUAUAACCUAAUUAAGGCUGCCCUAUCUUCUUUAGCCCUCAAUGGUUAUUUUGGGAAGCCUGCACUCUCUCCAUAUUAUAUCUAUUUUUUUUCUUUGUAUUAUGUAAAUUAUUGUAGGGUACAAAUAAAUUUGUUGUCGUUGUUUUUUUUUUUUCAAGUUGCACUUUUUUGCUACCCGUUUUUCCAUAGCUUAAAGGAAAUCACUUUCUUUGGACAGGUCCAUCUCAAAGCACUCCUCCUAGCAAUCCAGUGGCAACUAUAACACCUAUAACACGAAGAGACAAGAAUCUCUCGAUAGCACUAAUUUCUGGAGGUACUCUUGUAAUUACUGUGUGUGUGUUCGUAAUAUUCUACAAAUGUCGCCAGAAACAGAGUAGUCUUGACACCGAAAGGCGAUGUUUCAUGGACCAAAAUGGAGGCAACGGAGAGGAAAAGCUCACCUAUCAAAGCAACAAUGUAACCGAACAUCUCACUGAUCGAGAAGACAACGUUAACCAGGAUCCUAUCAACAGCUUUAUCAAAAACCCAAUGGGAGGGAGUAGGUCUCCGUCGACAUCUUGCAAAAUCAGAGAGCUUAAAAAAGAUAAUGUCAACAAAUUAAACGCCCCAUUGUAA